CCAUUAUUUUUCCUUUGUACGGUUGUACCCCAAACAACCUCUUAUGACUUAUUACUCUCACGUCAUCGGCCAAUCUAAUAUUAUCCCCAUUACAGAAACGGUACGAGGAAAAACAACCAAAGUAAGAGAGAAGGCUAAUUUUGGAAAUGAGAAAAUUCGAUCCAUGGCCCAUCUUUUUCCGCAGGGAAUGGAGUCGCAACUGGCCAUUCCUGGUCGGUUUUGCAGUCACCGGCACUAUAAUUACCAAGAUGUCUCUCGGCUUCACUGAGGAGGAAGCAAAGAACUCUCGAUUUGCCCAAAGGCAUAAGAAGUAA